AUGGCGGUAAGCCACGAUGGUUUGCUUCGAGUGUCUUCUUGCCCGGGACAACUGCAAAUGUCGUGUGCAGGCGAUUUCCUCGCUUUACCUCUUACAAAAACUAUAAUAGGUGUUUGGUGGCUUGGAGACUUAUCAAGAAAGGUAUGUUACUGUCUUUUAAAUUAUUAAUAUCCGAUCUAUGGUCUUAGUUACCGUGUAUUAUGUACUGUACGUAGUCAACUGUUUGACCGGCAACUGAUGUUCCUGUUAGAACGCGCUGGUUUAUACAGACCAGCUGGUCAUAUCACUGUUCUUUAUGGAAAGAAUAGCUGUGCAGGAUCAUCAGAAGCUCUGUUGGUUUUGAUUACUACCUACCUUUUGAUUCUUAAAGUUCCAGCCCUCACUGUUUGAGUCAGAAGGAAUGCACCUACAGCUGUAUAUUGUAAUGUAGUUAACCCUCCCCUCACCCCACAUUUUGCCCUAGGUAAGUAGUUUGUGUUAACCUUGAGUUAGGGGAGGGGUAGGUCCGCAGUUUAUCAGUAACUUACACUGAAUUCCUUAGUUGUCUGCUUUGGAAUAAAUCAGCUGUUGUAUUGAUAAUGUGAGUAAUCCAUUCUUUUUGGAGUCUCAGUACCAUAGACCUAAUCAUGGGUUUUGAAACCAUCUUGCUCAGUAGGCAGGCGGGGGAGAAAUGAUGUCAUCAUUUGUAUGUCUGAGAAUCUGAUGUCAAAUAAUUUUAGUGAAUAGGCUUUUCUAGAAAAAAAAGGCGAAUCCCCAAAUCACUUUUUCAAAUAGAGUGUAAUUAUUUGUAUAUUAUAUACAAUUGUCUGUAAAAAAUUUCCUCCGGCUGACUCAAAUUUCCUUUGAAUAGUUUACUAUAAUUAAUGUAUGGAAAUUCUGUAACAAGGUGCAGCUUCAAGCUAGCAUAGGUCUAGCUGUGCAAGAAGAUACCUCUGCCUUGUAGCAUUAGUUUACAGUUCAAUUUUUUUUAACAACAGAUGUUAUACACUGUAGCAAAAUUAUUCAACAUCAGAUUUUCACAUUACAUACCUAACACUGUAAAUAUCUUGCACAUACUUAGCCAUCAAGAGGGUAUAAAAAACUGUUAUAUGGUCUAUUGUCACUCUUGAUAUAUUUGUGGUUAGGGUAAAGUAUUUAUAAGUAAGUUGUUGACAUUGACUGAUGUUUUGACAACCUGUGUGGUAGUCAUCUUCACACUCAAAGAUAUUAUCAUUGUCAUCAUCAUCAUCAUCAUCAUCAUCACCACUCUUCAUGCCAGCGUAAGGGUAUCACGCUGUCUGUCCAGCCUACAUUGUCUUUUAUGGCCUCUUUUACCCUUUGAGAGUUUCACUGUGGGUACUAAUGCAGUCAAUAAAGCGUUGAAAACUGUUUCAAAGGAGACAGUCUGCAAAUAAUUAUCGAUGUUGCUGGAAAUAUCUGUAUGCCAUAACUGUUCAUCAUUAGGAUACCUACUAGAAACUAUAUUAGUGUAUUCAUUUGCGGAACCUCAUGAAGCUUAAGGGAGUCAAACCCAUAAAAUGUCAGGGAUGGAAAGAAGGGGGGGGUUCGAGAGAAUUGGAGUACCCUUUUUGCUCAAACAAUUGACAUCCCUUAAUUAAUCGCCUCCCUCAAGCAAUCGCCCCCCCCCCUUUGACAGAAAUACUUAAAAUAAUCGCCUUCUCUGAAUAAUCGCCCCUCCCCUGCCCCUCUCACCAUCUUCUCUUCCUUUUAUCCCCUCCCACUCAAGUUGAAGUGCAAUGAGAUUCAGCAAAGACCAUCAGCAAAACUGAUCAGUGAUGAUUCAAGCUCUGAAAAUUAUCAAGGAACUAUAUUUGGAACACUUAAAAAGCCCAUGUUCGUGUUAUUUGACAUGAUUAUUUUUGGAUUUAAUGGACAAAAAAAUCUAUUUAGGGCACGACUGGCAGUGUCAGUGAGCAAUAAUUAUUUGAAAUAAUCGCCUCCCUCGAAUAGUCACCUUCCCUCAAAUAAUUGCCCUCUUUUUGUGCAAAAAAAGAAAUAAUCACCCCCAGCUAUUGUUCGAGGAAACACGGUAAAUUGUGUAAGUGGGGAGGGCGGAUUUCAACACUGCCUCUAACAAUGGAAAGUGAGAUGAAGGUAAUAUCCCUUUUUUUGGAGUAAAUUUGAACCCAAUAAUGUGCAAUUCUAUAACAUUGGUUUCAUCUCCAAUAACAAUUUAUUAUAAUAUUUUUAAGCCAUUGCAGUUAUCAGGACAUAGCCAAGUGAUCAGUGCAACUUGUUUUGGACAGAAAACCAGGCCACUUCUCCUCUGCACAGCCUCUGAGGACUUCAUCUUUAUCUGGAACAUUGACAGAAUUCUUGCUGUUGAUAACAUAAGUGAGGGCAUAUGUUACAGUUCAAAUUACAAUGAGGUUAAUAUUUUUUAACUUAGGUUGAUUCUCAAUUUUCUUUGUCUCCUAGACUAAUUCCUGAAUAAUUAGGGCUAGAAAACAAAGGAAAUUGAGAAUCAACAGAAAGGUUAAAAAAUUUUAAGAAAGUUUCACAAGACGAUAGUGUUGUAAAACUCAGUUAAUGGAACAUGUCGCAAUUGGCCCUGUGGGGCUAUGUACUUUACACCCAUAUAUCAAUAGUAACUUACAUUGUUGACAAGUAUAGUGAUAUUCUUGGUAAAGUGAGUUUUGUGAGUGCGUUAGCUUUCCCAAAAUUAGCAAAAGCAAGACCAAGAAUUUUAUAAGGAUUAACCUUUUCAAAGAUCCAUUGUGUAACUAUAUUGACUUGUAUGACCAUGCAAAACAAACGAAAACAUAGAUUAAAUCACUGUCUAGAAGAAAAGUGUUUCUCUUUGGAAAACUUAUUGUGUUAUCCACUGGAUAGUGUUAUCCAGCUUUUUAACAACUUGGGUCAGUUUUUUUUUCUUUUUGUUCAGGCAGAAAGGCUCUGUAGCAAUGUUCACCAGUAUGGUGAUUGCAUUGUUUUAAUUUCCUAAUAAUUAUUGAUAUCUUGUUCCAUAGCUAGUGAUCAUAGUAGUGGUAUUCCUGUGGGCAAAGACCUUGGGCAUGUCCAACACCUUAGUUUCAGUCAUACAGACAGACUGUUAACAGUGUGUAUUAAAAAGGAAAUAUGGGUCCUUAAUAUCCAGGUUAGUAGCAAACUAGAGUUGCUACACAUUAGGACAUACCAGUAGUCAGGAUGAUAAAACCUAAGGUUAUAGGAGAGUUGUAUUCUAUGAGAUGAUGUCGAUGCCUAACAGAAAAAUCCAUUGGCAGGAUAGUAUUUUCAUCUCAGUAAAUGGCUUUCAGAAAAAUGGCUUUCUUUUUUUAUAUUGACAAAUUGCCACUGUGGCAUGUAAAGUGUGAAAAACAUAAGUUUACAGACACAAUGUACAUGUAGAACUGUAUUUUUUUCUUGGAUGUUUUUUUGCAAAUCAAUUAUGAUAAUGAGCUUGGAAUGGACAGUUUUAGAGACUAGAUUCUAGACUAGGGAAUUCUUACUUUAGUUAGUGAAAAGUGAGAGAAUUGACUGGAGUUCUUCAAGAUUUUCAAAUUGAUAUCAGCUUGACAUAAAAAAUAUAUAUAUUUCUAACUUGCACUAGUUAGUUUCACAUUUAGUUUGCUUUAAACAUUUUGAAGAAAUUGUGGGAAACAGACUUUUUUCAUCCCUUGUCAGACAAUCUAACUCCUCAUUAUUUAUUAAUGUUUUGUACUAUAAAAUAGUGCCUUGAUUAGAGUUUGGUACUGUAAACAUGAACUUGAAAUUUUACAGUGAAUUUUUUAUUCAUCUGAUCUGUUUCUUGCUGAUUUUAGACCAGCAAGUUGGAUACUCUUUUGGAAGGACACACCAGUCUGGUGACUUGUGCACAAUUUUGCCCCAAUAAAGAAUCAAUUAUUGUGUCUAUAAGUGAAGACAGAACAUUUAAGGUUAUGAACUUUUUAUGUACUAAGUAACUUUUUGUUGUCCCUGUUACAAGCAUGAAGAGUUAUCAAUGCAGUGAUAUUAUUUGGCAACAAGCAUGUGUCAGAAACAAGUGAACAGUGUUAGAACUUUCGCUGGACACUGGAGAAUGGAUGAAAAAAUUAGAUGCAAUUAGGAGCCAGUACCUGGAGCCUGCAACUCCCAUACUUAGCCUAUGCAACAGAGUUUUCACCAAUCAAGUAAUUUCUGGCAUCACUUUUGAGCAUUUCCCAUGAAAAUGGAACCACUGUUCCAUAUGCAUAUGCAUUGAUACUAUGGUCAUUACAAAUAGAAGAUGUAAAUCCUAUCAAAACAUCAGAAAUACUUUUUUCUGGUCUCUGGUUUUUGAUGACUGAUUUGUAAGACUUAUUUGAUUUCAAACUUUGCGGGAAAAUUGGUCUAAAAAAAGAAACUGGUCUGUGAAAACACCAUUGCAUGGCACCUAAGGUAGUUUCUUGCUCCCGUUUAUUUAUUAUUUUUAUUAUUAAUUUAUUUGUUUUACUAACUCAAGAUUCAUGUUGUCCACAAUAUGUCUGACAAAAUGUGUUUUUACAUGGGUGUUUAAUGUAGCUUACAGUCUUCAGCUUCUCAACAUGUACAUGUAUUUAUGAAAAACUUUGCAGCAAACUGCCACUUUCACUUUUUUGAUUGAUUAAUUUUGUAAAAUAUUAAAUGGUUUGAAUAAUUUUUAUAAAAUAUAAAUUAAUAUAAAUUACAAAUUUUUAAUGUGCAUGCUUAUUGGACCUGAUUACCAUUUGCAGGUUUGGGAUAUAGAUCAGUCAUGCCUAGUCUAUCAGUCAGCCAUUUUGUCAGGUACAAGUCAUUUAAGUGUUUUAAAAACAUUUGUUGCACCCAUUAAUUUUCUUGCCUUGUUAAUCUUUAUUUUUUUAUAUUAAAAGUCUUUGCACCUGAGGAUACUUGGGUGCAAUUUUGAUUGAGUCAUGUAUGUACACAUGGCUUGUUGUAACCAAUACUAAUCCCUUUUUUUAAUACAUGUACAUGCAUCAUGCUUUCAAGUUGAUCCUUCUAAACAUCUUUCAGCUCAUCCAUUCAUAUCUCUGGCUAUUGAUCCUGUCCAAGACCAGAUGGCUAUUGGCUCUGCAGACGGAAAGGUAGUAGUGCUUAACUGAGAGUUUCUUACUUAUGUUGAAGAAACCAUCACUGGUAGCCAGACUGCAUUGGGGAGUUGUUGUUGUUCAGUGUCUUCUUAACACUUUAAUUUUUUAUUAAUAUUAUUAUAGCCAAGGAACAAAAUUACAAAAAUUCAUAUUCCCUUGAGCAAAAUCUUAAGAAAUAAAACCACUAUCCAAAAGUUCUGCAAAAGCAACACGCAAAGAAAGUCAUGUCCGAUAGCCCAAGGCUAGUGGAUUUUGCAAUCGGGCUAGUCAAUCCUGUUCUUAACUUGCCCGAAGGGCAAGUGAAGUUUUGGGGGAAAUUCAAAAUACAGAAGAACUGUAAUCAAUGCUGCUCAUCAAAAAUUAUUUGCGCUACUUAAAAGACUCUUGGGCUAGUACAUACUAGCAACAACUUGCCUGAAUGGCAAGCCGUAAAACCAACUUUCUUUGCACCCUAAAAGAGGUUUCAUUUCAGUAGUAACAACAUAGAAUUUUGUUUAAAAUAUUAGAUUAAAAUAUUAUAUUGUAAUUAUCAUCAUCAUCAUUAUUAAGCAUUGUGCAGAUUUAACACCAGUCAAAAAUGCUAUUUCUUUUUUUAUUUCCUCUGUGAAUUGUAGGUUCAUAUGUAUGACCUUACUUAUGAUGGCGGCUUCCACUGCCUGUUUGAGCUGGACCUCGGAAAAUUGUUGCAAAAGUACUGGGAUCAGAAGGAAAUUUCUGCUGCUACAUCUUAUAAAGGACCAUCAUUUAUAAGCAGUCAACCAGCCUGGCAGAAAGAGCAUGUUCCUGAGGAGGAUAAAGAGGCUGCAGUUGAACUUGAACGUGGAACAGCUGUGUUUGGAAUAUAUUUUGUCAAGAAUCCAGAGCAGCCAAAUGCUGGAGUACAGAGUGAUAUGGCCUUCUAUGAAGCUGUUUUUGGGCCACGAAAUAAAGCAGCUAUCAAGUAAGAAACAUCAAGUGGGUUAUAUGAUUAAAAAAAGAAAGGAAUUUUCCAGGUUCCAAAAUUGGUUUUAAAAUGAGGCAAUGGGGCCAGAUUUAACAAGGCACCUUGGUUGAUAUAAACUAUUUAUAUGGCCUCCAGAUUGUUAUUUUUUACUUUAAAAACAUCAAUGCAAGUGGAGAAUUGUCACAAAUUACAUUAAUAAUAAUUUAUUAUCCCACUAGAUUCUUUUGGAUACAGUGUAAUUUUUUCUUCAUAAAAUAAAAACCUAUUUAAGAACCUAAGUGGUCUAGAUUUGUGCUUAUUACCAUUAAUUAUGUAAGAACCUGUUUCUAUGGUUAACCUGGGAAAAUCACCAGGUUCUUACUCAAGGGUUUUUAAUGUACAUGUAUUUGAGAUUAAGAUGAUGAACAUUUACAGAAAUGUAUAUCUAUAACACAUGUGUGGGUCACUUUAAUCUUUUUUUUUUAUUUUUGUAGAGAUGUAUUCCAUGUUCCCUCCAUUGUAGCCAUAGCAACCUCAGCCUGCAUUAUACUUUUAAACUGCAAUAGCAGAGAGCCACUUUACCUACUGGACUUUCAAGGUGACUACUGUGUAACACUGUUAAACUGAUGCUGACCAUGUCUGUCACUUUAAUCUUAAAACAACUGCCUCUGGUGCUAGACACCUACAUUCUGAUUUCUUUUGAGCAGUAAUAAUUCACUUGUCGUUAAUAGAGAGGAGAAGUCUUUAUGUCAUGUUGCCAUGGUAGCAAAAUUUCUGGAUCUCAACUAACUGUUGUCCUGCAAACAUGUCAAAAAAAAGAAAAAAUUGACAUUUAUGACUUUCCUGUGCAUGAUUGCACUCAGGGACAAAACGGUAGCCCAUACUUUUCUUCCAUCGUUUCACAAGGCAAUAGGCCGUCUCUGUCAAGAAACAUUGUCGAGUCUAGAAAUUUUGCUACCAUGGUAUUAAACGUAAUGUCACACUUUUCCUCUCUAUUUUUCUCUUAAUUUAAUGAUCUAUACAGAAAUUCGACCAAGAAAGUUCUUAAGUAAGUUCUGCUAUGUUGGAAAUCGCUCAAAAUGUUUUUAAAGCAACAAGGAAAAAUCUUAGUCUUAAGGAGGCUACGUCACAAGGACAUAAUUUGCAGUUUUACUGUGCUGAAGUCGUUAUCUUAAUAGUGCCUUUACUAGACUACGAGCAGUCUCCCUUUAUUCUUGGUCCAUCGAGCAAAACGCGCGAGACACGCAAAUGACCAUGCGCGUGACCGAAGGCGCGAGAUGGGAGCGCCCUCAUUUCUCGCGUCUCGAGGCUUCGCCGCUCGAUGCUCGCGCGCGCGUGCACUCCCCUCACUAAAUCUGUAGAAAAGGAGAGACUGCUCGCGUAAUCAUUUUUGUGGUGAUUUUUGCUGCCAUACCAUUAAAGCUUGAAAAAGUUGGGCCAUUUUUUUAAAGGUUCAAUCCAUAUUCAUCUUUGCAAUCUGCUGCAACAGACGACAGGAAACAGUUUCAAUGCAUAAAUAUAGUCUUAAAUAAAAAAACUGGACCAUUAUUUUUGGUAUUAUAUUGAUGUCAUAAAAGUUUUAGCCUUUUAUAGAGAUACCAAAUAGCGUUACGUAGACCUCUUUAAACCAACCUUGAAAAGCAGUUUCUUUAUUGUUACAGAGCCUGUUUUAUCCAGUGAUGAGCUGGAUGAAGUUCAGUAUAACAUUUCCACUCCUGGUUCAUUUGCCUUUGCUCAGAGACCCGACGGUAGUGUAAGUUUUUUUAAAAUUUUGUGAUUUGGUUGAAAACUAUUUAACAUGCAUAAAUGGAUUGAGAUCUCUUCAUUCAAGAUAUAUUUCUCCGUUUCUGACUGGCUUCAGACCCCUUGCUAAUUUUUCGUGUCCAGCUAGCGUUGACCAAAUUUGAAAGACGUUUGCAAUAUCAGGUAAAAUGACGUCAAUAGUGCCGGAUAUCGCCAGAAAAAUGUAUGGCAACCGGGAGGCUCUGCGGUACGAUGUUGCAUUAGAUUAGCUGUUUUGGUAAAGCUGAAGAAAAUGGCGGUGGAUUUCAAACUUUUUGCGAGGUAGAAAUAGGGAAACUCAGCCUAAAAACAUGGAAAGAAAAGUAAAAAUACAACCAACUCGACCGAUGACACCUGCCAUUUCUGUUAUUUAAAGAAUAUCUGCUAGCUUAAAUAUCCAGUGAUAUCCUGAUAAAGGUAUUAGCUUCUUUUGAAAGUCUGAAUUAUUUUGAAUUAAUAAUAAAGCAGUGAUUGUGUUCGGUUUUCGUUUGAUCUAAAGAAUUAGGCUGACGAGGAAAAAUGAAAGCAAGCUUCUUGUCAAACAAAGCGAUUACGUGCUUUUAACAGCUCUUUAUGAGUCCUCAUUAACUUACACGCUGAUAGUUUAUAGAUUCAUCAUCAAUGAAAAUAAUUGUCCCUCUGUCAUUUGAAUGAUUUAACAAAGGAACAAGUUUUCAAAUCAGGCAAGUUCACCUUAAAACAGCUUGUCAACUUCAAUCUGUUUUAUUUUUCUUUCAAAUAUCAUUUCAGGUCACUUGUAUGAUCGGCAGCUUGUUCCAAAACACUGUUAACGUCGUGAAUAUUAAACUGCCAAUGAUUAACAAGGAAAACGAAAGUGUCUCUGAGGUAACUCUUGAUAACUUUUUUUCUCUAUAAAGGGGUAAAUUCAAUAAAACUUUACAAGUGUAACGUACAAUCUCGUAGGUAUGUUUUCAAACGCUGAAACGGUAGCAACACUUGUAAAAGUUUCAUUGAAUUGACCCCAGCUUUCUGUGUAGAGUUUAAAAUUAAACAGUUUCUAAACGGAAAUUUUUCUUAAUUUGGAGAGUUUUCCCUUUAUUUACUAGGUCUUGUCUCAAAGGUUUUCGCAGUCAAUAGGUCUCAGUUCUCAUGGUAACCAGGAUGAGGAGACACCAGGCUUAAGAGGAGCAGAGAUGACGUCAACGACCAAUAUCACCGUCCUUUCCAAGUAUGUUGUUCCUUAAUGAUUUCGUUAUAGAAGCGCUGUUUUAUAUUUGUACGGGUAAUAGCAUAAUUUGUAGUCAUGAUAUUUGUCAUAAAUACCACGAGUGAUAUUUCGAAAUUGUUAUACGUAAUUUCACGAGCCGUUAGGCGAGUGAAAUUUUAGACAAUUUUGAAAUGUCACGAGUGAUGUUUAUGCAAAAUAUCACGUACAAAUCAUGCUAUUAUUUGUUUAUACUACUACCCUCAAAAGGUUUGUAAUUUUCACAUGUAGGUAUUUCAAAUUACGCUGAAAUACCACUGCUCUAAGCCAAUCAAAUUGUAGAAAUUUCUCAUGUAGUAGAAUAAGCUGGUAAACAUGUUCUUGAGAUUACUGUAAUUUAUCGGUAUUAAGGUGACAGCCUUUUGCUAUAGCUAGUUUCUAGGCCUCAAAAUUUUGCGUCGCGCGAUCGAUGCUUUUCGGAUGGGUCACGCGAUGCGAGCGAAGAAAUGGAUAAAGCCGUACAGGAAUUAAGCGUCUUCACUGAAGACCAUUUUUCAGUUGACUGUCAAAAACUCAAACCUCGUCUAGGCUAAAGUAGACAAAACCCAGUGCACCAAUCAGAAGUCAACGUAAAUACAUGCAACCAGCGAAAAGCGCGGGAAAAACGACUGCGCGCCGACAAUCCCGAUUGAAUUUGAGCCAAUUACAGAGAAUUUAAUAACAGGAAACCAAUUCAAUUCCGAAACAAAACUUUCCAAACUUUAUAUUGACACUUGUUUUAAAGCGGAAAGGGUUGGAAAACAAAGGGCUGUUGUUAAAACAAGUGUGACUAAAAUAUUAAAAUAAAGCAAUUAAAUUUCUUGCAGUUCCCCCUUGUGCAGCAACUCGCCAUUGAAGGCGGAGCUUGUUCCAAAAGCAGCGACGAAACAACACCAACAGAAAAGACCGUCACAAAUAGGUGCUUGGUGACCUGUGUAGUGUUUGUACCAUAUUCCUAGGGAUACGGUUGAACCACAUUGCAUUGUAAAUGCUUCUACCAACAAGACCGAUUUUUUUAUGUGUUUAUUGCAAUAGAUCCGUUCAUGAUUGAAUUCAAAAUGUUUCUGUACAUAUCAUUCACAGCGCUUUCAAACUGGCAACUGAGUUAAAUUUCCAUUAUUCAGUACUGUUUAUUUUCCAAGCUUUUUUUCUUGUACAGUUAAACCAUCGCUAAUUACCAUUGAAUUUAAGGAAACCCAAAGCGAGAGCCAAGGACUUUUUUUAAGUUCAGCAGGUACUAUAACAAUGACGAAAAUUUAAGCGACUGAGCCAGAUCACUUCAAUGAACUGUCAUCCCCGCAUACCGACCAUAUCUCCGUUCCCACUUGCUGACCAGUAUUUUUUCGAGUUCAUGGUAAACGGUCUUCACUUUGUGCAUGAGAAACUAAUGAACUCAAAAGCUACAUGAAAUUAAGAAAAGGGUUUGGGUGUUCCUCGUAUGCACAUAAAAAGUAAUUUUAGUGCAUUAAGAAGCUAAGUUAAGGCGAGUCUUGUUACAAGGGUUCUGUGAGUGUAUGUCAGAAUGAUGCUAUAAAACGGUAUUGUGUUUGAUGUUUCAGGGAAAACAUCGGGCGUUCGCGACAAGCCACUUACUUUUCACUCGAAAGUCAAAUCGUCUGGUUACUCUGCUGCUCCAAGGUAUGGUUGGGCAGUGUAAUUUAUAUUUAACCCUUUAAGUCCCAAUAGUGACCAAGAUCAAUUUUCUCCAAACAAUAUCCAUAAAAUGUCAAAAAAUAAGUUAUGUGAAUUAAUAAAAUGAUGACCAAAGAGAAAGUGCCUUGAGCUAUUAUCAAAUUCUCUCAACUAAUUCUUUGAGGAAAUGUAUGGAGAUCAGUUUGGAGAAUUUGUAUGUGGAUAUUGGAGCUUAAAGGGUUAAAGGAGAUGAAGAAGUAAAUUGUGACUCGUUGGGACCUCGGUAAAAGGUGACGCAGCCACUUAAUAGAGGGUGACCGCUUAAUUAAUAUAGGUCAAUUUUACCGUAAAAAAAUGAUUUACGAGACUUUGGUAAAUGACUUCGUAAAAGAGGUGACCACUUUUAAGUGUCACACCGGCAGCUUAACAUUAGUUUGGUGGGUGGCCGUUUAAUACAGAUUCGCUUAGAUAACACAGGUUAGACUGUAAUUACAAAUCGAAAUUUCCGUAAGACUGACACCACUCAAAAUACUAUGAUUUUUGUUCUCCCAAGACGGUAAGGCACGGGCCGCAAGCCACUUGUCAAAGAAUGCUUGGCGGAAUUCCUCAACAGGUUAACAAGCCAAGUUUAUUACCGGUACUUUCGUAGAUUAUUAGAUAAGCUGUAAGUGUUAACUUAUUACUGGUUCGUUUCUUUUGCCAAAAAUUAAUGAUCUGUAUACGUACCAAAAGAAGGAAAUAUUCUUAAACUUAUACUCCGAAUUUAUCCUUCGAGAAAUACCGGGAUUACGAAUAUAAAGGAAAUCCCAAUGUAUAUUUCCGUCCAAUUUUGUUUUUUUAGCUUAAGCAGACGUCGAGAACGAACGAUGUCGCAUAUAAUGAAGCGUGUUCGUGUUCAUUUCACAGAUCUAAAAUGUUCUCGCCAAACACUAACAUGUCGAAAAGAGCGUCGUCGGUCUCCUUGAAAAGGACGAAUGCCUCUUCUUCAAGUGUUAGGUAAGUUAUAUUUAGGAAUUAUACGCUUUUUUCUACGAGAUAAAUGAAAAUUUGUAGCAGGAGUCCAUCACACUGUCGGCUUUAUCUGCUAUAAGUAAGUAUUCAAGGGCGUUAGAUUUUAAGCCUAUUUUAGAUUCUUUUUUCGGGAAAUUUGCCUUGAUAUUUACUACUGGAAUUGCUUCCUUCGCUCAGAAAAUCGGAUGACUUUGAACUCAAGUAUUUAAUUGAAGCAACUACCCUCGCUUGAGACUUAUCUACCAUUGCUGUUCAUUUAGUGGGAAUUCUAUACUCUGCACUGAUUGGUUAAGAGGUCUUUUUUGGCGCGAAAGAUGUUCCUAUAAAUAGCCUGACAGUCUAUAACGCUGUCACCCAGGCCUAGAAGAGUGAUGAAAGCUUUUCGAAUGGAAUAAAGGAAAGAAUGAAAUCUUUUACAGGUUUAUGAUGUCCGGUUGCGGCUUAAAAAGUAACAGGCUUUCAUUUCUCGGUUUAAAUUUCCCUUUUAUCAUAGGUCAUCUCACAAGGAGUACCCUAUGGACAGCGAGGCUCCGACAUAUUUGCAGCAUAAAAUACCGCUUACGGAGCAGCCAACUCCAGUUAACAGCGUCGUAUUUGCAGGUAGGGGAGCAUAA